AUGGAUUCUGAAAAGUGUGGAAAAUGCGGAAAAGUGGCAACAUCAAUGUGCAUUAACUGUAAAACUGCAUUUUAUUGCUCUCGUGAAUGCCAAAAGUCUGACUGGAAGUGCCACAAAACUCAGUGUCGAUCAUUUGAGAUCGUUAGUGAUGAAAAAAUUGGGAGAUUACUGAGAGCAAGCAGAGAUAUCUCAGCCGGCAAUAUUUUGAUCUCUGAGAGUCCUAUUAUUAUUGGACCUAAAUGGACAUUAGAUGAAGAUGAAGAAAUGCUUAAAUUCACUUGCGUUGGAUGUUUUGAAACUAUUAAUACUUUAUAUUAUAAAUGUCCAUCAUGCAGUUGGCCAGCAUGCUCAUCGGAAUGUAUUGGGCUUUUGAAUUCUGAACUUCAUGACAUUGAAUGUCAAUUUAUUAAGUUCGGAAAUGGUCCAAAAGAAAAGACAAACAUAAAAUCCAUAAAGGGUUAUUUCAGAAUGGAUACAAUGUUGGCUCUUAAAAUUCUCCUUUUGCAGAGAAAGAAUCCAAAAAAAUUCCAAGCCAUCAUGGAUAUGGAAAGCAACGAAAAGAACAGACUGCUCACAUCGAACUUCAAGGAAGCUGAGGAAAAAAUACUGUUCCUUGAAGAAAACUUUUUAAAUCCAUUGGAAAAGGCAGAAGAAAAAAAUGGACAAACAAUUUUACCUUUAAAGGAUCGAAAAAUUUUACAUAAAAUAUUCGGCAUUAUCGAAACAAACGCAAUUUACAUCAAUCUCCAAACAGGCACAGAAAUUUGUGGAUUGUAUCCAACAGCUGCUUUAUUACAGCAUUCAUGCUUGCCAAAUGUCUCUUAUAAAUUUGAUAUGAAAAGUGGUUUUAAAAUUUCUGUUAAGGCUGCGAAGGACAUCAAAAAAGGAGAAGCUUUUUCAACUUCCUACACUCAUGUCUUAUGGCCUACUUCAGUUAGACAGCAGCAUUUAAUGGACACAAAAUACUUUACUUGUAAUUGUGAGCGUUGCAUCGAUCCAACAGAAUUGGGUACGAAUUUCGCAACUUUAAGAUGUAUUGGAAGCGAUGAAGGUCCUUGUAAUGGCUUUCAGACUCAAACUUCAAAGUUUGAAUUUUCAUGCAAUAAAUGUCCAAUUAAAGUAUCAAUGGAGCACGUAAAUAUGAUUACAGGAAGAAUGAAUGAAGAAGUUGACAAUCUUUUGUCUUUGAGUCCAAAUCCAGCAACUAUUGAAGACCUGAUUGAAAAAUUAAGUCCAUUCUUACAUCCAAAUCACUAUCUUCUAUUUAAUUUGAAGCAUACAUUAGUUCAGCUUUAUGGCAAGCAUAAAGAUUCUCCUUAUGACACAUUGAGCAUUGAUAACUAUAAGAGAAAACUCAGCAUGUGUGAAGAGAUGAUUAAAGUUGUAACUGCUUUAGAUCCUUUAUCUAUUAGAAUUGCAUUUUACACGAGUAUCCUUCUGUAUGAAAAGGCUAUGUGCAUGUAUGAAAUGCACAAACAUAAAUAUGAUAAUAUUGACUUAAAUGAAGUUAAGAAAUGCCUUGAAGAUGCCAAGAAAAUUAUAUCCGUAGAAGAGGAUUUGACAGAAGGAAAGCAACUUUUGCAGAAGAUUGAAAAUGCUCUCAUUAAGUUUUAA